AAAAGAAAUUUUAGAAAAGAAAAGUGUAGCCCAAGAAAAAGUUGAGCACCUAGCUAGUGACUUAAGAAGAAUCAGGAACCACCUUGAAAAUGGCCUCCCCUUUUCUUUAUCAGACGUGAUCCUAGUUUCUUUUUCCAAACUUUUCCCAACAUUUUGCAUCCUAUUGGAUUUAAAGGAAGCAAACACUUCAACUUUGAUCAUUAAAGCUUGGAGCUCGAUCAGCAAAAAACUUUUCUUUAUUUGUCUUCAACAAUAAUACAGCCAGCCAUGGAUAUUUCUAUGAAAAGAAGAACGCUGCUUAAGGUCAUCGUCCUUGGAGAUAGUGGGGUGGGAAAGACGUCUUUGAUGAAUCAAUAUGUUUAUAAGAAGUUCAAUCGACAAUAUAAAGCUACAAUUGGUGCAGAUUUUGUCACCAAGGAACUUCAGAUUGAUGACAAAUUGGUGACCUUGCAAAUUUGGGACACAGCAGGGCAAGAAAGAUUUCAUAGUCUUGGAGCUGCGUUUUAUCGCGGAUCAGAUUGCUGCGUUCUUGUGUAUGAUGUGAAUGUUAAUAAAUCAUUUGAAGCACUUCAGAACUGGCAUGAAGAGUUUCUCAAACAGGCAGAUCCAACUGACCCAGCAGCAUUUCCCUUCAUACUACUGGGAAACAAAAUUGACAUAGAUGGUGGAAACAGCCGUGAGGUUUCUGAGAAGAAAGCUAGGGAAUGGUGUGCUGCAAAGGGAAACAUACCUUACUUUGAGACCUCGGCGAAAGAGGAUUACAAUGUUGAUGAAGCAUUUCUAUGUGUUGCAAAAACAGGACUAACCAAUGAACAUGAACAAGACAUUUACUUCCAAGGUAUUUCAGAAACUGUUUCAGAAGCAGACCAAAGAGGAGUCUGUGCAUGCUAAGGAUGGGCUACCUCUUCUGAAUAUGUAAUAUUUUUUUAUAAUUUUUUCAUUCUUUUGAGGGUGGAAGAAAAUAUGUCAUACCUUCAUGUGUUAUAGUGUGCCAUCGAGCAUUCCUAAAUGUACCAUUGUGAGUCUACAUUUUAGCUCUAAUUUUCACAACUGCGUAUGAAAUGAACUAUGUACCAUUGUUUCUGUUCGAAUUAAAAUAACCAAGACAGAAAUAUCUUAUUA